CUAUGCGAUCACUCUCUUUUUAAGCUCCUUCUUCCACCUCGCUCAUUCUCUCUCACUCAUCUCAAAAUACCAAACCCAAUUCAUAAACAAUGGGAGAUCGUAAACGCUCUUCUCCAACAAUUGUAUCCAUAAACGAAGCUUCUCCAAACGGAACCUCCAUUUCCAAGAAACGAAAAAUCACUGCAUCUUCUUCGCACUUGCAUCACCAAACUAUCACGCCUGUAACUUCCGUGAAUUCCGCUUCCACGGUAGCUUCCGACGAAAUUUGCUCGGAUCACUCUCCGCUCCCUUGUUUCAGCUCCAGCAACGUCGUUAAGGAACGCGACGCAACGGUGUUAGAUCCGGAGCUGAAAACAAAGGGUUUCGAAACGGUAGACUCAAACGCAACGAAACGCAAUUUGAAGUCGUUCAGGGAAGAGGAGAUAGAUGAAUUCUUUGCAAGGUUCGAGAGGGAGGAACAAAAACGGUUUUCAGAGAAGUACAACUUUGAUAUUGUUAGAGAUGUGCCGUUGGAGGGUCGUUACGAGUGGGUUCGAUUACAUUGAAUGUCAUGAAUGAGAGAAAGAGAGAGAAUUAGAGUGCGUGCGUUUUUAGUUUUAGAGUCUGAGUCAGAAAAAAGUUAUGGAGGGUGAAUUAGGGGAGAGAAGAGGGUGAGGUAGUUUUGAGAAGAGAGUAGUGGUGCCCACUGGAGCAGGUGACGAACCGGUAUAAGGAAACUAACCUGACACGAGGUUAAUGGAAAUUGACCGUGCAAUAUAUGAGAGACGGUGAUGCAGUUGAAUAAUGGUUAGGAUUUUGUACAGCUAUAAUUGUAUAUGUAACUGCUUAAUUUAUUUCUCUUUAGGUGGGAUCAACAAGGUAACUUUUCUGCCCAUAGAUAGAACAUUCAGGUUAAUUAUAUGUUAGAGUGGCACUGUAUCUAUUUCAGUGUUUGUUUCCGGUACAAUAAACAAGUUUUACAUUAUCCAUUACUAUGGGAAAUUCACUUGUAAUUUGGUACUAGUAGUAAUUUUUGGUGCACGUUUUCUCUA